CAAGCCCCACAUGGGGCCAGUGUAACUCCAAAAUCUUCAGAAGGGUAAUAAAGUCAUUUCACCGCAUAUAUAUCGGGUGAAGCCCCAUUUAAUAACCCUCCAUGGCGCCUUUAAUACAUUCUUUUCCCACCCAGCGCUAGGGAAAGAACGAAAGAUGAGUGCUCCUCAUACCCAACCAAGACCAACUUAAGAGAGAGAAAGAGAAACGAACACAUUCACAUUAUUUUUAGAGAAAGAGAGAGAGAGAGAGAGAGAGGGUUUUGCAGAGGGGUAUCGUUUUGAGGUCCGUUAAUGGCGAGCGGGUGGGUCAAAUCGCUGCAUUGCAAAUCGAGAGCAUUCGAAGACGUUUACCAUCCCAGCCCAAAAAACCUCAUACCCAGUGCGAGUUGCAGAAAAAGCGUUCAGAACAUCAAGGACGUGAUCGAAACCACAAAGCCAAAACCCAGAAAAAACAGACCACCACCACCACCACCUCCCAAACAACCCGGUUCAAAAUACCCUCGACCCGCCAAACCACCCGAGUUGCCCUUAAGCCCCACGUCCCGAUCCCGAGUUAGCGCCCCAAACCGUUCAUCCCGAACCCACUACCCGUUUCUUCCUGCAUUGACCGAGCUUCCUGAGGGCCAUCCUUCCCGUAAUGUCGUAGAGAUUAUCUUCCACACAAGCUGGAGUCCUAAAGCCUUUAACGGAAUGAUCGAGAUGAUAUUCAAGGUCCAAAACGGGUUGAAAUCCGUGGCCCGGUUCGAAGAGUAUCGUGAGCUCGUCAAGUCUCGGGCCGGGUCUGGUAGUCCGGCCGGCGGGAGUGCAGCAUGCGAGGAAGAGAAUGCACGGUGCGUUGCGGAUGGGAACGAGGUGAUGCGGUUCCACUGCCUGGGACCCACCUCGGGCGUUGGGGGUUACGACGCUUGCGGCAGCGCGUGGACUUUUCCGGGCGCUAAAGGCUCGGCUAUUUGCACGUUUUCCGGCAGCGGUGGGGCACACGAGAGUGCCGGUGGGGGAAGGGGAAGGAGAGCCAUGUUGGUCUGCCGGGUCAUUGCGGGUCGCGUUUCGAAGCAACUCGGAAUCGAAUCGCUGUUGAGUGGCCGAGUAGGGUUCGACUCGGUGAGUGGGGAAAAUGGCGACUUGCUUGUGUUUGAUUCACGUGCCGUGUUGCCUUGCUUUGUUAUCAUUUAUAAAUUGUAAAAAUACAAUAUUCCUUUUUCUUUUUCUUUUUCUUUUUUUGGUC